GUCACAUGUCUUAAACCAUAUUUUCUGAGUAUAUAUAAUGGUCAAAUUUAAGUUUGCUCAUCAGUUAAACCAUCUCUCUUCAGCGAGUGUUUCACAGUUUUCUAGAAAGUUCUUAGGAUACUGCUCAGUUCUCAAACAUGUAUCUACUUAAGGUUUCACUGACCAUUUUGCUAGCGCUAAGCUAUGUUAGUGCAAGAGGUGGACCUGGCCUUGGAGCAGGUGGUCUUGGAAGUGGACUAGGUGGAGGAGCCGGAGGACUUGGUGGAGGUUACGGUGGCUCUGGAGGACUUGGAGGAGGUGCUGGUGGCGUUGGAGGAGUAUAUAGAGGCGCUGGUGGCAUUGGGGGAGGCUAUGGAGGUGCAGGAGGAAUGGGAGGAGGAUUUGGUGGUAUUGGGGGCUCAUAUGGUGGAGGAGCUGAUGAAACUCCGAAACCAUUCCAAUUCAGUUACAGUAACAAAGAUGAACAAGGCAACAUCAACAUGCGAUCUGAACAAGGUGACGGGAGUGGUGCAGUUCAGGGAUCAUAUGGAUACAGAGAUGGUCAAGGAUUGUUCAGAGAAGUUCAGUACACUGCCGGAGCUGGUGGUUUUCAAGCUGUUGUUAAGACAAAUGAACCAGGUACUUCUGACAAACCUGAAAACCCUGCUGAUAUAAUUAUGCAAGUGCAGCAGACACCGGCUGGAAUCAAAGAACGAUAUAAUCCCAGAUCUGGAGCUGGUGGACAAAGAGGUGUAAGUGGAAGAGGAGCUUAUGGUGGUGCUGGUGGCAGAGGUAGUUUCGGUGGUAUUGGAGGAGGAGCUGGAGGACUCGGAGGUGGACUUGGUGGUAUCAGAGGAGGGGCUGGAGGACUCGGACGUGGACUUGGUGGUGGAGCAUAUGGUGGUGCUGGAGGUCUCGGAGGUGGACUUGGUGGAGGAGCAUAUGGUGGCGCUGGAGGUCUUGGAGCUGGACUUGGUGGUGGAGCUGGAGGACUCGGAGGUAUCGGAGGAACUGCUGGUGGUCUUGAAGGUAUGGGAGGAUCUGCUGGUGGUUACGGAGCUGGCAAUAUGAAAGGGUCUCCUUUAGGUAGUCGAGGAGGUUCUGCUGGCCUCGGAGGAGCUUCAGGUGGAUAUGGAAGCUCUGCUGGUCUCGGAGGAGCUUCAGGUGGAUAUGGAGGUUCUUCUGGCCUCGGAGGUGCUUCAGGUGGAUAUGGAGGUCCUUCUGGUCUUGGAGGAGCUUCUGGUGGAUAUGGAGGUUCUUCAGUGGGCCAAGGAAAAAAAUCUGGAAAAAGUGGAUAUUAAACAUAUGUUAGCAAUAUUUUUGAUUACAAAAUGCAUCAUGGCAUUAUGAACUUUACCUCGUAUAGGAUCUUGCCAAACUAAUUGACCAAGAGGUUUGGCAAAAGCAAGCGUCCCGAUGCCGUUAAAAUCAGGACAAUGCUUUAUGGAUUAUUUUCUCUCUAUUGCAUGUGAUUCUCUUAUAUUUUUUUAGUUGUUAAAUAUUGUUAUGUGUUUAGAAAGAAUGGGUGACGGAUUUUAUCUAUAUCUUACAUUUUGCAUUCAGUAUUUCGUAGCAAGAAAGGAAAUUUGCUAAUAUUGUAUUUUUUAAAUCUAUGCAUAAUAAUAAGUUAUACAGUUUCCAAAUCCCUCGACAUGUAUCUUCAGACGCACAAAAAAUUUAUAUUUUUUUUAUAGAAACGGAUGCAUGUUUUGACAAGAGUAAUUAAUAAUAGUUUUAAAUAAUAGUUAUUCAAAGAACUCAGAUUGAAGAUUUAAAUAUUAUUCACCUUGUACGAUACCUAAAGCAACCUAUCCAAUAAAAUUAAUUGAAGAUAAAUUAUUUCGUAAUAUUUUUUUCAGGGAGUUAAUGUGUUCUCAAUGUUUAUUUUUUUAAAUUUGUGUUACCAAAGAAGUUUUGGGAUAUUCUAGCUUGUUUGCGUGUAAUGCAUGCUCUGUGUUAUUGUGUUAUUUUGUAUAAUAUAUGUUUUUAGCAAUAAAAAAUUGAACAUUACU